CAUGGCUUUUCUUGAAAAUGAAGACAAUUUGACGGCCGUCGUUGGAGAAGUCACACUGCAGGACUGUGCGCCUUAUCUUCUGACGCUGCCAGAAAUUCGUCAGAGGUAAAAUUUGAUCGCAACGGUCAUUAAUCGGCUGUCGGUGAACAUGUCAAACUAGCGAUCAAAGACUACAGAUUUUAGCCGAGGAUUACAGGAAUCUUUUAGGAUUCUCAAAAUUUGUCUCAGACGACCAAAUCGUGGCCAAAAUCGCACAGUGUGCACCCGCCUUUAGUUUUUCUCUGGCUGCUUUAACUCUGUGUUUCUAAAGCACAUUUGUUAUGGCAAAAAUGCUAAAGAAAAUUUAAUCCGACGAUUAUGGUUACUAAUUGGUGAUGGUAGUCAUCAUGUAGUGGCCUGAUUCACAUACUACCCAGAAUCAAAACUCUGGUUAAAUUAUUUAAUAUUAUUAUGCUCGUUAUUAAUUUCACAUAGUUUGUCACUGAACGUUCCUCAAGUAAAGCAAAAGUGCGCCGUUCCCAAAACCAGCUAAAACACAAUAAACAGUUUUUAUGUUUCACGUAAUCAUAUUUGGAACCUCUAAUUUGCUGGCUGUGAAUGCAUCUGUACAGGCUGCGUUUUUGUCAUGUCAUUUUUAUUGUUACUCAAAAACAAGGACAUAGUCUUGAACAUUUGAGAGAUCAAUUUUUCAUAAAGCGUAAAGAAAUAAAAUAGUAAAGGAAAUUCUGUACCUCUAAUUCUAGUUGGGAAAUAAUCCGUUUGAACUAUUUGAUGAUAAUAUUUGCAUUUAAUUUUUUUUCACUGUUUCAUAGUUUUUGUUUUAUACAUUUCAUAUAAGCCCAUUUAGCCUAUGUUUUAUAUGAAUUUUAUGUGACACUAAUCUCAGCUGUAUAUUCUCCUCCCUUGAUGCUGCCGGUCUUGGAAAGAGUCAACAUGUCAAGUGUAUAAAAAGGCAGCAUAGAUUGUAGCACAUCUUUAUUGUGGAGCCUCCAGGAGUGACUGUGUUUCAGUGAAGAGCUGUUGGAGAGACAAAUAGCAUCUUCAGAGAUCUGUGGUUAUGUAUACAUUGAACUUUAUUUGAAGGGAACAACACUAUGUUUGGAUGUUUCUUCCAAGUACUUCAGAAUGAAUCUCACAGCAAUGAACCAAUCUGAUGGCUGUCAGGAAUAUUUCUGUCCAGAGAGAUCUGUUUCUUUAUCUGUCUAUGUGAUUCUGUAUGUGGCCGCAGCAGCUGUGGCUCUUCUGACCGUGUGUGGAAACCUGCUGGUCAUCAUCUCUGUUAGUCACUUCAAGCAGCUCCACACACCUGCUAACAUCCUCAUCCUCUCUUUGGCUGUGUCUGAUCUGCUGGUCGGAGUUUUUGUGAUGCCACUUUAUUUGUCUGGGCUCAUCGAGUCAUGUUGGAUUUCUGGACCAGUAAUGUGCUUAUUUUUUAAAUUGGUGACUUGUCAAGUAACAAGCGUGUCUGUUCACACUGUGUCUCUAAUCGCAGUUGAUCGUUUUUUGGCUUUAAGUUAUCCUUUUGUUUACUCAGAGAAAAUCUCACCCACUGUGAUCUGCAUUGCCACUUUAUGUAACUGGCUGUUUUCACUCCUUUAUAACUUCAGUUUUCUCUUCAUUAAUGGAAACUUCACUGAUGUCACAUGUCCAGGAAAAUGUGUUUCUUUUGUAGAUGAGGUUUCAUCCUUCAUUGAUCUCCUGGUUGUGUUUCUUAUGCCAUGUACACUCAUCAUAAUAUUAUACACUCAUGUUUUUGUCAUUGCUAAGAAACAUGUGACUGCUAUAAGAGCCCUUCAGGUUCACAACAGCACCUCUAAAAACAGAGUCAGUGACAAAUCAGAGCGAAAAGCUGCGAUUCUGCUGGGGAUUCUGGUUUUUGUGUUUCUCCUGUGUUUACUGCCAUUUUAUAUUUGUUAUUUAGUGAUUCCAUAUGACCGUACUGACUUGUUUUAUGUCAUAGAUCUUAGUGCAAUAUUUUUCUAUCUUAACUCCACCAUUAAUCCCAUCAUUUAUGCCUUAUUCUAUCCCUGGUUUCAGAAAAGCUUAAAAUUAAUUUUCACAUUUAAAGUGUUUAAUACAGACUCCUCCCUGAUGAAUGUGAUGUAAGUCAUUGAAUGUAAGACAAAACAUUUCCUCUUUUUUCCAUGUUAUUUCAGGUGUACUUUGCCUACAAGUUAAUGCCUUUCCUUCAUUUUUUUGGUUUGUUUUUAAACCUGACUGUGAAGACACGGAUGUUGUUUUCAAUCAUGCCAGUAUUGUAUUACAA